AUGACGGAGCUGUCGCUGCGUCGCAUGUUCACCGUCACUCACAGUCUGUUCUGGAUGCAGGACCGUCCCUCAGACCUGGUCCAGUGGACACGAGUGAAGCUGCAGCGAGUGCGGGGCGCCGACCCUGGCACCGAAGCUUCCCACAGGCCAGUUGGACUCCCUCAGACCCCCUCUGGUCCCGGUGUAGAGCUCUCAGCUCCUCGCCGUUCUGCCAAUGUGAACAAGGUGACGGAGGCGGCCGAGCUUCAGCCCAACCUGCUCGAACAGACGCUAAGCGGCCAUUUAAUCAGCACCACGUGCGACAGUCGCUCGGCGUCCCUGCUCUCUGGACCGGUGACCCCCGCUGGGUCGCAGCCACUGGCCCCGCCCAUCGCUGUUCGAACAAACGCUGUGUUCUCUGGCUCAACCUCCACCUCCACAUGUGGAAGCAGCGGGGGCCUCGGUCUCCCUGAUGCCCCCUUUGCCAAACUAAGCAGUAAAAUACAGCAUUACCGAAGGAAAGAGCUGUGUAGAUAUCUUAAUGAGGUUGCUAAUGGAGAGAAGCUGGCGGUCAGGACUUGUCCCGUAGGGACGACUAAGCCUCUGUCUCUCAUCAAGCCUCCCAGCCAGGGCAUCGCCAUCUCCGUGGUGCCGGCCAAGGCUCCCGUUUCCAUGGUGACUGCACACAUUAACGGGCAGAAGGCGGCAAGCUCGGAGCCACUGCAGACGUCCCCCAUCAACCUCCAGACCGCCGGCAGGGUGGCGGCAGCCGGAGUCCACCCGUUCAGCAGCAGGAGAGCUGGGGAGCUGCCUCACUCUCAGAUGCUGGGAACUCUCACUGCUGUGCCCAUCAAGGUGCCUCAAGUCAGCUCCCUGCACCGGCUGGCAGGACAAGCAGCCACUGUGCUACCUCAGGUCAGGCCAAAGACCCAGAUCCCGGACAGCCUUCCCCACAGUCCCUGCCAGGAGCUGCAGCCCCUCAGUCUGCAGAGGGCCACCGCCGUGGUCAGUCCCAAGAGCCAGGGCCCCACCCUGCCCACCGCCAACAGCACCUUCAGUCCCGACCACCAGCCCAACGGCCAGAGCGACCCCUCGCCGCCCCAGGCCCCUCCCCACGGCCUGUCGGGGGGUUCCGACUCCAGCGGCCCGGCCCAGCACGCCUCUGCGGGACCCGGCGUGGCGUACGCCAUCAUCGCCGCCUCGCCCGCCACCGGCAACGGGGUGUCCGCCGUCAGCGAGGCCGUCAAGGUGCAGCCACUGCUCUUCAGCGCUGACAACAAGGUGAUAAUAAUCCAGCCUCAGGCCCCCAGCAGCACCGAGGGGUCCCCGGGGGCCCAGGCUGACCUGCCGUCACAGGAGGCCCCGCCCGCCCCGAAAUCCCCGUCCCAGAAGAAAGACGAGGACCCGGAGAAAAUCGCCUUCAUGGUCGCUCUCGGCCUCGUCACCACAGAACACCUGGAAGAAAUCCAGACGAAGCGACAGGAGAGGAAGAGGCGGAGCACGGCCAACCCGGCGUACAGCGGCCUGUUCGAGCCCGAGCGUAAACGUCUGGCGUCUCAUUACCUGAACAGCUCGCUCUUCCUGUCGGCACGAGACUCUGAGGAUUUCUGCUGGAAGGAGGACUUGGAGCAUGACGACCACUGUGCCAUCUGUAAGGAGGACGGCGAGCUGCAGCCCUGCCACAACUGCCCCCGAGCCUUCCACCCCAACUGCCUCCACCCGCCGCUCAAAACCCCCCCGAGAGGCCCCUGGUACUGCCCCAAGUGCCAGAAGAAGGUUCUGAACAAGGAGAACAUGUCGUGGCCUCAGAACUUUGUUCAGUCCUACGUCACACACAAGACAGUGAGGCAGGAGGAGAAGCGACGGCUGGUGAGGAGAAACAGUGAGCUGAAGAAAGAGUGCGCUCACCUGGAGGAACAAGACGAGCAGCUCAACAAGACGCUCAAGCACUGCAUGGACCUGAGGGAGCGUCUCCUCGGGCAGCAGAGAGACACUCAGGCGUCGCUCGACCGCCUCAAAGACCUCAUCAGGUUGAUCCAACGCGACCAGCUCAUCCAGGUCACCAUGACGACCACCGCCACCAUCGCCGCCUCCCUGCUCUCCCAGUCCUGGAUCAAACCCACCAGCACCGCCGCAGCCGCCGCCGCAGCCGCAGCCGGCGCCACCCCGGGCCCUUCGGCCACACCCCUGCAGAAGAGCCACGCCCACAGCCAGGAGAACAUCAACAACUAG